AUGCGUUUACCAUUCGACAGGCGGCCGUCGGCACGCCGCCGCCACCGGUCGGAUCUCUUUGCGAUGACAGCUCUUGCUCCAUGCUUAGCGACUGCGAUUCAAUUCACCCCAGUCCCGGAGGCCAACCUUGACAUUUCCCAACUAGGCAGAAUCGGCGUGGCAGGUGAUUUCAGUGGUAUUUCUCUUUACCAGUUCGAGGAACAAAAUGAGAAGCCUUACAGCACAAAUGGAAGCGAGUCACUGCUCGCUCAGCUGCCAAAUGGCGCUUUUGCAUCAGUCAUUACAACCGAUGCCUCGAUUCAUGACAUGUGCACAUUCACGCUCAAAAACGGAGAGACUCAGGGAGUGGUAAUCGGCGGUAAUUUCACGAGCUUGGAUGGCAUUCAGUCGCAGGGUAUUGCCAUGUUCAAUCCCAACACUACUGAAGUCACCCCCUUGUCCGGGUUGUCAGGCCAGGUUAACGCCCUCCUCUGCGACCAGGAAACCAACACCGUCUAUGUGGGAGGUAACUUUCGCGCGGCUAACUCAACCAACGCUAUUGCUUGGGUCGGCACUGAUGGAUGGACAAAUCUCCCCUUUGCCGGCUUCAACGGUCCCGUCUCCUCCAUCACCAAGGCCUCCAAUGGUCAUGUAGUCUUUGGUGGUAGCUUCACUGGCUUGGGGAAUACCAGCACCCCGAGCACACCGGAUGGGCAGGUCAUUAACAUCUCCAAUGCCAACAUCACUUCAGCCUCGAGUUCUACCACAACCGGUUUCAGCGACCCUCGCAACAUUAUUUGCAAGACAAGUGGUAUCGAUGGAGCGGGCAACACUUGGCUAUUAAGUGACAACUCAGCCGGUUUCUGGCAAGCCACUUUUGGUUUUGGCUUCCAGCCAACGAAACUCAGACUCUGGAACACCCGCCAAGAUGGCCGUGGAACCAAAACAUUUCGCUUCACAGCCUUCCCUCUUGGCGGCAUUUUGAACAUGACUUACCUGGAUCCCGCGACUGGCCGAAACGCUUCUUGCACGAGCGAAUGUCCUCUUAGCCAUGACGAGAAAGUAACUUUUCAAGACUUCCAUUUUGUCAACGUGGUGGGUAUGAACUCUUUCAGGAUCGACAUCUCCGCAUUUUACGGAUCUGGAGGUGGCUUCAACGGCAUCCAGCUCUUUGAGGACGACAUUAAUUCAUAUGCUGUCAACGACUUCAACGCCCCAUCUUGUGCCGACAGCGACACCAAGUCUUCUUCCUCUGCCACUGGGCCAUGGACUGUUUCGCCAUCCCAGCAGAGCAGCUCGCAGUAUUUGACUGCUAAGCUUUCCGGCACCAUCUCAGAGAAGUCUGCCUCUGUUACAUUUCUCCCUGACCUGAAGGAGUCGGGCAAUUAUUCUGUCAACCUGUACACUCCUGGCUGCAUCCAAGACGGCACCUGCUCAACUCGAGGACAAGUCAACAUCACGGGCGUUAUGUCAUCCUCGGGGAACGCCAAGUUUACAACUUCUCUUUACCAGACCAACAACUUUGACAAGUACGACCAGAUCUAUUUCGGAUACAUCGAAGCAAGCUCAGCGGAUGGCUUUCGGCCUAGCGUUACUCUAACCCCUUUGGCCGGUCAGUCGAUUGACGAGUUGACUGUUGUAGCUCAGAGGGUCGGUUUCACUCUGAUCAACUCAACUGGAGGACUCAAUGGCCUGUUCGACUUCGACCCUAAAGCCGUCACUGUAAGCACAGACUUCAAGAGUUCCAAGAUCAAUCAACUUGGCUCCUCGUUCGCCUCAGGAUCUGCCGUUACGAGUCUUUCAACUACCGGCGACUUGGUCAUUGUUGGCGGCAACUUUACAUCAAAAGACGCGCGCAAUGUCAUCGGCAUUAACACAGCAAACGAGCAAACCAUGGCGCUUGACGGCGGCCUCAACGGCGAAGUCGUGUCCAUGAAACUAAAUGGCACCCAGCUCUUUGUUGGCGGCGAAUUCUCUAACACUCUUGACAACGCGGUCUCCGGCCUCAACAACGUCGGCAUCUAUGACACUUCAGCUAACACCUGGACUGCCCUCGGUGCCGGCGUCAACGGCAAAGUCUAUCACGUCGUUCCGAUGCUCGUCAAUGUCACCAAUGAAGCGGAGCCUGAGCCGGUGGUCACAUUUACUGGUGACUUCAGUGAGAUCAAUGCGUUCGGUGAUAACAAGGCUAUUGCAGUGUCUGGCUUUGCCGUUUGGGUUCCGUCACAGAAGAAUUGGUUGCAGAAUCUGAGUGGGCCUGUUCCAGCCUUCAGCGGCAUCCUGACAACUGGGAUUCUCAAUCUUCCUAGCGGAGGUUCUAUCUAUGCAGGAUCGAUGACUUCUGCUACUAUUAGCGCCAAUGGCGCUGUUUCCUUCUCCGAGAAAUUUGGACAGUUCCCCGUUAAGAUUCAAUCUCCCUCCUCGAGCUCUGGUACUCUGAGCCGACGCGAUUCUGUCUCGAGCGGCAACAUUACUGGUGUUGUUACUGGUACCUUUUACAACGAGAAGGGGCGCAAUGUUACAAUCCUUGGUGGCCACUUCACAGCCGAGGGUGCCAACGGCUCUAUGGUCAACAACUUGGUUCUCAUUGAUGGAUCUAACUCAAACACCAUCACCGGCCUUGGUUCUCAGAUCCAGGACAAUUCGACUUUUAUUGCUCUAGCCGUCACUGGCGACCUCCUCUUCGCUGGUGGAGACGUGCGUGGUCGAGUUAAUGAUGUUGACGUGCGAGGUAUCAUCUCUGUCAACCUUCAAACAUCCUCCUUUAACAGCACGCAACCGCCCGGUAUCAGCGGAGGAAACGCAACAAUCACUGAUAUUAAAAUACGACCUGAUUCUGGCGAUGUGUACGUUGCUGGCUCGUUUGAUUCUGCUGGAGCCUUGGGCUGCCCAGGUGUCUGCUACUACGACCUCUCCCUGGCAGGAUGGAACCGACCCGGCGUCAAUCUUGAAGGUACUGGCCACACCCUCAUUUGGACAAGCAAGUCGCAGCUUGUCGCCGGUGGCAACUUCACCCUCAACGGCACCUCCCCCACCAUGCUCGCCAUGUACAGUCCUGACCGUCAGGCGUGGUCUGCAUACCCUGGAGAAGACGCACUCCCUGGCCCUGUGGAAGUGUUGACAGCGGGAUCGCGGGAUCGCAAUCAAUUGUGGGUUUCUGGUACUGCAUCUAAUGGCUCAAUUUACCUGAUGAAGUAUGACGGCUCUGUCUGGCGCUCAGCUGGCAUUACCCUGCUCCCUGGCACUGUUCUCAACAGCCUCCAAGUCUUCUCUCUGACAGAGUCCCACGGUAACACCGACAUUCUGGAUUCCAACCAAAUCUUGAUGCUCACAGGAUCCAUCCACAUUCCCGGCUUUGGUACAGCAUCGGCCGCCACAUUCAACGGCACAACAUUCCAGCCCUUCGCUCUCACUAUUCAUGACGGAAAUACCGCAGGAUCGAUUGCAGGUAUCUUCACCGAGAAUGAGGACUUCUUUACGGACAAUUCUGGCCAUUUGGCCCUGGGUUUUGUUGUCCUCAUCGGCCUCGGUAUUUCGCUCGCCCUCAUCUUCAUCAUGGUAAUUGCUGGUAUGGCGCUCGAUCGUCUGCGUAAGAAGCGUGAAGGAUACACGCCUGCGCCGACAUCCAUGUUUGAUAGGGGCGGGGGUAUACAGAAGAUUCCACCGCACGAACUCUUUGAAUCGCUCGGAAAAGGUCGUCCUGGCGCACCGCAUGUAUAG